AUGUGGCGUGCCAUCGUCGCCAUCGUCGUCCUUGCCGCUGUGCGCGCCUACGAGGCACCUUGCAGCGUGAACGAGGUGCCAUUUGGCACUGGUGCUCCGUCCAACAGCAGCUUUACGUGCGAGGCCUUGCCUGCGGUGUACAGCGCGGCUCUGACCUUUCUCGAAUCCAACUUGAGUCCGUCCGAUCGGCUCAACAAGGCCACGCUUGGCUUUGGCUUCGAUCACAACGGCGUUGCAGUGCAUGGCGCCAACCUCUCGGUACAUGCCAAGGGCGAGAGCCGCUUCUCGGCACUCGUGCCGCGUCGUCUCUUCUUCGAGUACGUGCUUCCGCAUGCUGUGACAAACGAAGGCCGUAGCCAUUGGCGCCCGCUCUUCGCCUCGGUGGUUCGCCGCCUUCUCGAAGCGGCGAGUCCGUCGUGGCGCGAUUUCAGAACGACUGAGGCCAUCAACGUCAUCAACCACGGUCUCUGGGACGGUGCACUCGGCGGCGCGAUCACGUUUCAAAGUCAGCAAACACCGCUGAUCUACGACGUCAUGUCGACGAUCGUCUUUGGGCAUGCGAGCUGCACUGGCGUCAGCAUCGUCUUGGUCAGUGCGCUGCGCAGCGCCGGCAUUGCCAGUCGGCUCGUGGGCACACCAGCAUGGAACGGCAGUCACGGCAACCACAACUGGGUCGAAGUGUGGUCGCCGGACGACGGGUGGCAGUUCCUCGAAGCGUCGCCCGCCGGAAGUGGAUCGCUCGCCAACCCGUGCGACAAGUGGUUUUGUACCAAGAGCUACAUGACACCGGCGACGCGCGUGCUCGCGGCCAAGUUCUCGCAGCGCACAUUGGAGCGUUUUGUGAUGGCGUGGGAUCCCGACAACGUUGCGAUACCCGGCGUCGACCGCUCGGCGUACUACCAUCGCGUCUGCAGCGUCUGCCCUGCGUAGAUUAACAGCUGCGAAAGAAAGCCUGAGCUUGU